AUGUCCAGCCGCUUCGGCCGCGACGCGGCGCGCGACGACCUCUUCAGCAGCUACAAUCGCAGCACAUCGCCAUCGAAAACGAAGAACAAAGCCCGCGCCUCGCCCUACAAUGCCGGCUACGCGCUGCCCGCAGAAGCUCCGGGCUUCUCCGCAUACCCCAGCAACUCCACCAACGGCAGCUUAUACGGCGGCUACGCCGGCGCGCUGGGAGCAGGGAAGAAAAGCGACGACGCGCUGAACGGGGGGUUUCGGUCAGCAACGCCGAAUUCGCGCGGGCAGUACAACAGCGCGACGCUGGACGAGCUGGAGAGCCAGAACGAGGAGCACACGGGCGUUUUGAUUGGAAAGGUCAAGAUGCUGAAAGAUCUAACACACCUCAUCGGCGACGAAAUCCGCGACUCGACCUCUCUCGCGGAAAAGAUGAACGACCAGUUCGCGAGCAGCAGCGACAAAAUCAAAGGCACCAUGAGCCGGAUGCUGCGUAUGGCGAAGAAGACGGGCGUGGGGUGGAAGGCGUGGCUUGCCUUCUUCGCCGCCCUGGUGCUGCUAUUUUGGUGGGUGUGGCUGGGGUAA